AUGAAACGCAGCGCAGAGAAGCAGCUUACAAAGGACGAGUAUGAAGAGGAUGAAGAAGACACUGAGGGAGGAUCGCCGUCUACGUCUGAGCAAUCUAGUUUCAAGAAGGCGAGCGCUACAGCUCUGGCAGAGAGACCAAUGAGGUCUUUACCCAAACGCGGUUUGAGACAAGGUUUAGCGCCAUCACUAUCACCAUCGCCUUCUUCUGCAGAAGAGGAGCCAUCAAGGCCCAAGUUCGGCGGGUUCGGCGGGUUCGGCACGUCGACUACCACAACGUCGGCUUUCUCGCCGCAAGCGACAACGAUUGCGGGUGCACCGUCUGCACAGCCGACUUCUGCAAGAGCUGAGGCACCGAGGUUCGCGGGAUUCGUUGGUUUCAGUGGCACGGUCUCGACAAUGAAACCAUCGGAGCCACCUGCGCCUCAAUUACCGAGCAAGCAGCUGGCCCCUGUGCCUUCGAAAGAACCGUUCGCUCCGUUUGGGUCUUCGUCCAUGCCUGCGCCUGCGCUGCCUCAGUUGGCUGCUCCCUCAAAACCGCCACCGGCACCGAUUGCAUUCGCAUUCACGACUUCAACUGUCAGCCCGAGCAUCAAUAAAGCCUUAUCCAAGAAGCCAGAAGUAGAAGAGAAAGCAAAAGACCCCACAUUCGAUGCGCAAGUCGAAUAUUAUACUAAUAUCCGUGGGCUCGACGUAUCUUUCUCAUCUGCAGUACAAGAUGCUAUCAAGGAGGACCCUUUUGCGGACCUCAGCGGCUUUUUUGAUCAGUACAAGAGCUAUCUUCUGUCUUUCAAGACAAAGUUCGAUGAGCAGCGGAAAGCGAUAGCGAGCGCAUCCGUGCUGCCAGCGACGGCUCCGAAACCUCUGCUCGCCGAAGCUGCUACGAAUGGCACGCCGAGCUCUGCAUCCCCUGCUGUGCCGCCGACGCUCACGAUGCCAAAGCCUCCCGCCAGUUUUGGCGCGUUUGGAUUACCUUCGACGACCAAAGCACCUUCCUCUGUGACGACUACUUCCACGUUGCCGUCUUCCAGUGCCACAUCGGCAUUCAAGAUGCCCACUCCACCAUCUAGCUUCAAGGGGUUCCCUGUCCCUUCUUCAACACAGGCGCCUCUUUUCAAAGCGGACGAACCUGCGAAAAGCACUAGCACGGAGAGCUCGACCACGUCGGCGAAGCCAGUCGAUUUCGUUUUUAAACCCUCAGCAACUUCAAGUCCUCCAAGCGCCGUACCGCCAAAAAGUGCAUUCACAUUCACAUUCGCUACUUCGUCUUCACCCUCCUUGCCACAAUCUGGUUCCGCCUUCUCGUUUCCUACUUCCAGUGCGGGGAGUUUUGCGGCGACCACAGUCAACAAAGGGGACGGUUUCUCGCCGAAUAAAUCAGCAGAUCUCUCUAUGACGAACGACACGUCCAAUCCCUUUAUCGUUCCUGUCGGCACCGCACCCUCAGGCAAUCUGUUUAACAGACUCAAGGAUGCAGGCAAGAAUGCGGAAGAAGAUGAGAGGAGUGAUACUUCGUAUGUGGCUGGUGCGGGCUUUGCGCUAGGUGCGGGUAUCUUUGGUGGAGCGCCGGCUUUCGCCACGCCGAACCAGUCGACAUUGACCGGUUCGUCUACCUUUGGUUCCGUCUCGCCGAGCAAGCCAACAGCAUUUGGGGGAAGCCUUACCAAAGCAGGAGGUGCAUUUAAUCCCGUCGGCUUUAGUUUCGCCAGCCCUGGAACACCAAGCGGAGACAAGUUCACAUUCGCAGCGAAGGGCCCUGUGUUCCCUUCGACACCGGCACCAACAACGGUUGAAUCCAGCGGAGCAAAGGAGCAGACGCCACAAUUGAGCCCGGGUGCUCCUGUUCCAGAGGCCGGGGGACAAGCACCAAGCGGACUCCUUCCGACCUCUGAGCAUGACAUGGAGGGAGCAGGCGAGGAGGAUGAGAUCACUACGCAUCAGAUCAGGGGCAAGGUAUUCCAAUAUAUGACGGGUGGCAUGCUGCGCUUGAAGAAACACAAGCAAACUGACGCGCGGAGGAUGUUAUUGAGAAAUACCGCUACUGGCCGUAUUACGGUUAAUUUCGCUCUCUACUCCGGAAUGAGCCCUUCAAUUUCGAAAAACGUCGUAACUUUCGUGGGUCAUGAUGAGGGCGCCCCGGCGACAUACAAGUUUAGAACGAAAACUGAAGAGCAGGCGAACGAACUCAAGUAUGCUCUUGAGCGCGAGAUUGAGUUCGUACGUGCCAAGUCCGAAGAGCCGUCAUAA